CGUACGAGAAUGAAGUACUCGCACAUCAUGUCCUCUUCCCGCCAUUUUCUUCAAAAAACAUCAGUCAGAUUCUUUACAACAAGCUCUACUUUACCUAGAGUUAGUACAAAAACAUGUAUCUACCACCUUAAGAACUGUAAGUCUAUGCUUGAAUUGAAACAGAUCAAAACCCAACUUUUCAGAAUAUGUAUCCAUGAAAAAGAUGAUGUUUUGAGUAAGCUUAUGGUUGCAUGCACUGACCCAAAAGUUGGAAACUUGAGUUAUGCUGAGAAAAUAUUUUGUAGAAUCAAGAACCCAUCUUUAUUUGUUUAUAAUGUGAUGAUAAAGGCUUAUACAAAGAGUGGUUUUUAUAGAAAGACUCUAUUUUUGUUUGAUGAGCUUAGGGUUCUUGGGUUGUGGCCUGAUAAUUUUACUUACCCUUUUGUAUUUAAGGCUGUUGGGUAUUUGAGGGAAGUGUUAGUAGGUGAAAAGAUUCAUGGGUUUGUUGUGAAAUGUGGGGUUGAGUUUGAUUGUUAUGUUUGUAACUCAAUUAUGGAUAUGUAUGCUGAAUUAGGGUUUGAUUUGAGCUUGAAGAAGAUGUUUGAUGAAAUGCCUGAGAGAGAUUUGGUUUCUUGGAAUAUUUUGAUUUCUGGGUAUGUUAGGUGUAGGAAGUUUGAGGAUGCUAUUGAGGUUUAUGGGAGAAUGCAAGGGGAAGUUAGGCCUGAUGAAGCUAGUGUUGUGAGUACGCUUUCGGCUUGUAUAGCGUUGAAAGAUUUGGAACUUGGGAGGAAAAUUCAUGAUUACAUUUGUAAUGAGAUUGGGUUUACUAUGAUAAUUGGUAAUGCCUUGUUGGAUAUGUAUGCUAAGUGUGGGUGCCUAGAUGAGGCACGGAGAAUUUUUGAUGCAAUGCCGAGGAAAAAUGUGAUUUGUUGGACAAGUAUGGUGUCUGGAUAUGUGAAUUGUGGUCAGUUGGAUGAAGCUAAAGAUCUGUUUGAAAGAAGUCCGAUUAAAGAUAUCGUUUUGUGGACCGCUAUGAUUAAUGGAUUUGUGCAGUUUAACCGAGUAGAUGAAGCGAUGUUGCUCUUUAGGGAAAUGCAAUAUAACGGGGUUAAGCCAGAUAAGUUCACAGUUGUUGCUCUAUUGACUGGAUGUGCUCAAGUGGGAGCGCUUGAACAAGGGAAAUGGAUCCACACAUACAUGGAUGAGAACAGAAUAGCAAUUGAUGCAGUUGCUGGCACUGCGCUGAUAGAUAUGUAUGCAAAAUGUGGGUGCAUAGACAAAUCCUUGGAAAUCUUUUACGGCAUGAAAGAGAAGGAUACAGCUUCAUGGACAGCAAUUAUCUGCUCACUUGCUGUGCAUGGGAGGACCAGCAAAGCCCUUGAGCUGUUCACUACCAUGAAGCAAUCUGGCUUUGUACCUGAUGAUAUCACCUUUGUUGGUGUUUUGACUGCAUGUAGUCAUGGAGGACUGGUAAAAGAAGGCCGUCAAUAUUUCCAUUCCAUGAUGAAUAUUUAUCAAAUUGAACCAAAGACAGAACAUUAUGGAUGCAUGAUGGACCUUCUUGGCCGUGCUGGGUUAUUAGAUGAGGCAGAAGAAUUAAUGAAAAAGAUACCUGAUGGUAAUAAGGAUGCUGUUAUUCCACUUUAUAGUUCUUUGCUUAGUGCUUGCAGAAUCUAUGGUGAUGUUGAUAUGGGAGAACGCAUCGCUGAACGACUUGUGGAUCUUCGCUCUGGUGAUUCCAGUGUUCACACUCUAUUGGCCAAUAUCUAUGCAUCUGCUAAUAGAUGGGAUGAUGUUACAGAGGUGAGAAGGAAUAUGAGAGCUCUCGGAGUCAGGAAGGAGCCUGGCUGCAGUUCUAUUGAGGUUGAUGGCAAAGUUCAUGAGUUCUUAGUUGGUGAUGCAUCGCACCCCGCUAUGGAAGGAAUUUUAUCUAUGUUAAAUUGUAUAGCUAGACCUCUAUCUGGCAUAGAAGAAAACAAAGAGGAAAAAGAGUAUCUCGAAUCAUUGAUUUUGUAAUCGAGAAUAAAUUGUAGAAGUCUAGAUUGCUAAAGUAACUACUAAAUUACUUUUUACGAAGAUGGAUAAGAACUGUGAGUUCCAUACCCUCCUGACAGCAGAUGUGAUUUUAGACAACUAAAUUGGGUAGGAUGCCACCUGCUUGGGAACAAGACCUAUUCAAAUUCCAUUUGAGAAAUAAGUGGCAAGAGCAUUUUUCAGUGCAUUGGAGCGGGAAAAUCUUUAUGUGAUUCUACAUUUGGAUGCUUAACUUGGAAAGUUAGUGACAAUCUUGGGUGAAUCCUAAAGGAGAUAGCCAUGAUACAUAUAAGCAGACGAGUAAGAAUAAACGUAGGAAGCAGAUGGAGAACUUUCUUGACAACACAAGGUUAGUGUUGAUGCCUGGGUGGGCUGUCAACCCGAGUCCUACAUUUGGAAUUCAAAAUUGGCCUUGAAUAUAAACUUUUGGGAGAUGCCCAUAUCAAAACCUUGCAACUUUGGCCUAGACCGGACAAGUUUAUACAAAUGCUAGAGUUAAGGUGUGUUUUUUCUGCAAACUUUAUAAUCGGAGCUGAUCACGACCACCAUUCCCACCUGUUAACAACGCAACAGAAAGCUUAUUGACCUCAGGGCUACAGCUCCUUCAAAUAUUGAACAGAAGUUAGUUUCAGGUCAGUUAACUACUGCAAAAUAGAUUUAAAUAUUUAUCUCUUUGUCAUCAUAACAUAAACUUAAAACAGGGUUAUAUUAUGUUAUUAAUAAUAUACUAAUCAUUGAAAAGUAAUAAUGGAGGGGAACUGGGGUCAAUGGUAGUAUGUUGUCAUUUUGUCAU